AUGAGUAACACUGCCAUCGACAUCAACUCCUCGGACAUCAAGGCUCUGUAUCGGCGAUGCCAGGCACUGGAGCACUUGGGGAAGCUGGACCAGGCCUUCAAGGACGUGCAGCAUUGUGCCACCCUCGAGCCACGGAACCAGAACUUCCAGGAGACGCUGAGGAGACUCAACACCAGCAUUCAGGAGAAGCUCCGAGUGCAGUCCUCCACAGACUCGAGGGUACAGAAGAUGUUUGAGAUCCUCUUGGACGAAAACAGUGAGGCUGAUAAGCGGGAAAAGGCUGCCAACAAUCUCAUUGUCCUAGGCUGUGAGGAAGCAGGGGCUGAGAAGAUCUUCCAGAGCAAUGGAGUAGCCUUGCUACUGCAACUUCUGGACACUAAGAAGCCUGAGCUGGUGCUGGCUGCAGUGCGGACCCUGUCGGGCAUGUGCAGUGGCCACUGAGCCAGGGCCACAGUGAUUCUGCAUGCAAUGCGGAUAGACCGAAUCUGUAGCCUCAUGGCCGUGGAGAAUGAGGAGAUGUCUCUGGCUGUCUGCAACCUGCUCCAAGCCAUCAUUGACUCCCUGUCUGGGGAGGACAAGCGGGAGCAUCGAGGGAAGGAGGAGGCCCUGGUUCUAGACACCAAGAAGGACCUGAAGCAGAUCACCAGCCACCUGCUGGACAUGCUAGUCAGCAAGAAGGUGUCUGGCCAGGGCAGGGAUCAGGCGCUGAACCUGCUCAAUAAGAAUGUCCCCAGGAAGGAUCUUGCCAUUCACGACAACUCACGUACCAUCUAUGUGGUGGAUAACGGUCUGAGGAAGAUCCUGAAGGUCGUGGGGCAGGUUCCAGAUCUGCCAUCCUGCCUGCCCCUGACUGACAACACCCGCAUGCUGGCCUCUAUCCUAAUCAACAAGCUCUAUGAUGACCUGCGCUGUGACCCAGAGCGUGAUCACUUCUGCAAGAUCUGCGAGGAAUACAUCACGGGCAAGUUUGACCCCCAGGACAUGGACAAGAACUUGAAUGCCAUCCAGAUGGUGUCAGGGAUCCUGCAGGGCCCCUUUGACCUGGGCAACCAGCUGCUGGGACUGAAAGGUGUGAUGGAGAUGAUGGUGGCACUAUGUGGCUCAGAGCGCAAGACGGACCAGCUGGUGGCCGUGGAGGCCCUCAUCCAUGCCUCCACCAAGCUCAGCUGCGCCACCUUCAUCAUCACCAAUGGAGUGUCACUGCUCAAACAGAUCUACAAGACCGCCAAAAAUGAGAAGAUCAAGAUCCGCACACUGGUGGGACUCUGUAAGCUCGGCUCUGCAGGCGGCACAGACUAUGGUCUCAGGCAGUUUGCGGAAGGGUCGACUGGCCAAACAGUGUUGCAAGUAAGGGGGUGGCUGUGCAAUACUUCCAUAGACACCCGGACCCAGCGCUGGGCAGUGGAGGGCCUGGCCUACCUCACGCUGGACGCUGAUGUGAAGGAUGACUUUGUCCAGGACGUCCCUGCCCUGCAGGCCAUGUUUGAGCUGGCCAAGACCAGUGACAAGACCAUCGUGUACUCGGUGGCCACCACCCUGGUGAACUGCACCAACAGCUACGAUGUCAAGGAGGUCAUCCCAGAGCUUGUCCAGCUCGCCAAGUUCUCCAAGUAGCAUGUGCCCGAGGAACACCCCAAGGACAAGAAGGACUUUAUAGACAUGCGGGUGAAGCAGCUUCUGAAGGCGGGUGUCAUCUCUGCCCUGGCUUGCAUGGUGAAAGCAGGUAGUGCCAUCCUCACUGACCAGACAAAGGAGCUGCUGGCCAGGGUAUUCCUGGCACUGUGUGACAACCCAAAGGACCGAGGCACCAUUGUGGCUCAAGGUGGUGGCAAGGCCCUGAUUCCCCUGGCUUUGGAGGGCACAGAUGUGGGCAAGGUGAAGGCAGCCCACGCUCUAGCAAAGAUCGCUGCUGUCUCCAAUCUGGACAUUGCUUUCCCUGGGGAGCGGGUGUAUGAGGUGGUGCAGCCCUUUGUAAGACUCUUGGACACACAGAGGGAUGGGCUUCAGAACUAUGAGGCUCUCCUAGGCCUCACCAACCUGUCUGGGCGGAGUGACAAACUCCGGCAGAAGAUCUUUAAGGAGAGGGCCUUGCCAGACAUCGAGAACUACAUGUUUGAGAAUCAUGAUCAACUGCGGCAGGCGGCCACCGAGUGCAUGUGCAACAUGGUGCUCCACAAGGAGGUGAGGCAGGGCUCAGGAUGGAGACCCGGGCUUAAUCAAGGCACGAGAGGCAGGCCAGGGUCAGGGCCUGGGGGGAAAACCUAA